AUGUUCAUCCGACUUGGAAUUAGUACAUACUGCCUUCACUUGACAAAGUUAGAAAUGAAUGCUUUGAAGGAGUUGCAGAAACUAGUUGAAAAAACAGUAGCACAGAAGACAGAGGAAAUAUUAGGCUUGUAUAUUAAAGAUGGAGAAAGUGGUGCCGUGUCUUCCCAGGGUCAAGAAGAAAACAUUGUUUUCCUUGUAUCUGAAAAACAGCAGAUUACUCAUCCAGUUGUCAAGAGACGAGAUGUGAUUAAAAGCAUAGUGAAAGUGCCUCAUCUGGAUUUCACAGUAACAUCCUCUCAGAAAGGAGUGCUAACUAUUUUUAACAACCAGAUGAAGGUUCUGGCAACCACCAAUGUUGAAAUAAACGAGAUCACUGGAUGUGAUUUCCUAACUCCAAUGGAAUGUGUUGUGGCUGUAACUGAAAGAACAAUCAUCAUCUGGGACUAUAAAUCAAAAGGAAGUCAAGUAAAUAAUUGCUUUAUCAUCAAAUCAAUGGAAAAUGGUUUGCUCUGUGUUUGCAUGGUGACUAUGUCAGAUCACCUGGCUGAUGAUAAUAUCAUAAUGGGAGAUGAUAAGGGUUAUGUUCACCUGCUUAAAGUGACCGGUGAUCACUUCGGAUUGAAGUAAUAUAAAGGUGAAAAGGAAUCACAGAUUCAGAUUUUGGAUUCCAAAAAUUUUAAUAAUGUUAAACACAAACUACAUGAUGACUGGGUUGUGAAAGUUAAGUACAUUUCUGACCUAAAUUGUUUCGGAUCCUGCUCCUCAGACAGUAUUCAUUCAUUUGUUUUGGAUGACAUAAAGAGACUAGAGGAUAGCUUACCUGUAAAGGAAUUUUCUGUCCCUAAAGGGGUGAAUGCCUUCAUAUAUUGUGGAAAAGCAAAAGUCAUUGUCACUGGAGGUCAUGACAAAUUCCUUCAUUUGUGGCAUCCUUGUAUUAAUAGCAGACCUACAGGGAAGCUGUCAGGACACCGACACAGUGUUUUGGUUGUGACAAAUGAAAAACAUCAGUAUGUUAUCAGCCUUUCUUCUGCAAAGCUUUUUUGCGUGUGGAAUAUACAGACCCUUUCAAUGCUUCAGGUCUUUCAUGAUAAUCAAGGGAUUCCUGCAGAGUUGGAGACUCUUAUCAUGGUAUUUAACAAUGAUAGUGGCACACUGAUUGCAGGUUCAACUGUCAUCGAUAUUUAUCCCCUAACUCACAUGAUACAAGAUAUGAAACAGGUUCCACAGACACAUGAGAAAAGCAUCAGUGUUCUGGCUUACAACAGGACUUUUCACCAAGUCCUCACUAUCUGCUCUCAGUCAAUACUGAAGGUGAUCUGGGACCUAGAAACAGGAUAUCAAAUAUAUCAGAUUGAAGAUGCACAUGGGCUUAAUAUUGAAGUGACCUGUGCAGCCAUUGAAAUAAAUGCUUUUUAUCUUGCUACUUGGGCAUGGGAUGAGGGAUGUAUUAUGUGCUGGAGCAUUGUGUCAUUCUUAGAAGAUCCACAAAAUAGUAAAAGACAAAUAAAGGAGUAGCUCUGCUGGAGGGCACAUUCUACUGAAGUGGUUGGCUUAUUUCAUGAAGAGGAGAAAAACGUGGUAGUGACAGCAUCUGUUGAUGGUUCAGUCAGACUCUGGCAUGCCACAAAUGAAUGUUAUCUUGGUUACUUUGGACAGCUCAGGAAGUUUGAAUUAUCAGAUAUCAGUCAGUUGAUUUUGCCUUGUGAUGUUAAUAGCCUUCCCAUUAUAAUUAAAGAGGAAAGCAAGCAUAUGGAAAAUAAAAAGAAAUUUGAAUAUCCUCUAAUGCUGGACUUGCACAAUAAUGCACUGACUUUGGUUUCCCUUGAUCAGAUCCACAGGCAACCUUUGGAAAUUUUUGAGUCAGGAAACAGAGUAUGUGGUGCAGUAUUUGGGUCACUUCCCAUAUAUGAGGUAAGCACAAGUGUUUUCCACCUUUUGCAGUAA